AUGAUGGAUGUCUCUGUGGAUGUUAAUAGCGAGGCUAACGAUAGCCUCAAAAUGGCAAAUCCAGCAUGGGCAGAUGCUAUGAGCAAAAUUUUAAAAACAAAAAAACGGAAAGGAAAACCUUUAGUAUUGUCCAAGGCAAAGAUCAUUUCAGAAGCUGACCUUAAUAAAAUAAAACAAGAAAAAGAAGAUGUAGAUGAAUCAUUUGAAGUCGUAGAUAAAGGUGGUCAGAAAGUUGCAGUACCAGUGAAAAUUGAAGAAAUUAAAGAUGAAAAACCAGACUCAGAACAUUCAGAACCAAAAAUACCUAAUCGAAUUCGAAUAAGAGAACAAGUAUUAAUGGGAAGACAAAAACCUUCAGUUAGUGACAGAGUUAAAGAAAAAAAUUUAUCAAAAAUUGCCACAAAGGGUGUUGUACAAUUAUUCAAUUUAGUUAAGCAGCAACAAAGAACUGUAGAGAAGAAAUUGAAAAAUGUAGGACCAUCGAUUUUAAAACAAGAUAAAGUGUUGGAAUCGCUAGAUAAAAAAUCAUUUAUUGAUUCCAUUGAUCAUAGAAAAGAAAAUGAUGAAAGUGGUUGGGAUGUUCUUCGAGAUGAUUUUAUGGGCGGAACUAAAAUUAAAGAUUGGGAUAAACAGAUUGAAAAUGAUAGUGAAGAUGAUGGCAUUAAUGUUUAA